AUGUCGCAGCAUGGCGCAUCGCAUGCCAAUUCAACCCCGUAUGCCUCCAUAGCGCCAUCUUCCCCCGCUCCGCUGCGGAGGCACGAUACCCUCGGCCAGAAGCAGAAGCUGCACGAUGUCCUCGGCGACGCGGGCCUCGUUUACUGGCGCUCUUUCAAUGCGUACUUGAUGGGCAAGCUGUCGCGGCGCGAGUUCACCGCCCUCGUGCGCUCGCUACUCAAGACGCCGGAUAAGAUCGACCUGCAUAACCAGCUCGUCAGGAGUAUCCUGUACAAUGCCUCGUUGCCGGACGAGCCGCAUCCAGCGUCGCAGAUGAUGCAGAAGCGUCGCCGGGCGGAUGGAACGGCCGACUUCGACUCUGACACGACGUUCAUCGAAUCCCGCGAUCGCGUCCGCGAGUGGAUUAUGGGGAUGGGAGGAAAGGAGCGUGAGCGAGUCCGACGAGCAGCGGAUGAGGAUGGCGCCACGACGGAGGAGGUUGUCGACUGGGAUGUCGGGAGCAGCGGAGAGCUCAAGCCACCGGCACAUCCGCCACUGGCACAGACGAACCGUGUUCUGCCAUCCGCGAGUCAGCUGUCCAGCCGCGUCGCGCAGGUCGCCAAGCCGCUAGGACUCGACAUGGAUCCCGAACAGGCGCGAGACGUGGGCGAGUUCAUGGGCGUCGGGAUACAGGCGCACCUCAGCGAGAUGUUGCACAGCUACACGCAUCUCACUGGACGUGAUCGGCCUGGUGAAGACACAAUGCGCGUGCCGCUGGGUACGAAGAACGCCAACGUUGAGAAGGAGGAACAUCCCGUACCGAAGCCCGACAUCAACAUGAUGCAGGGCCUCUUCAUCCUCACGCCGGGGCUGCAGCCCACUGUGUCGCCGACACUCUACAAGCUGGGUUCGGGGCUCACGAUUGCCGAGGUGGAAAACAACACUCCGCCGCCGCGCAAAGUCAUCACCCCAUCAUCCAUGGCCAUGCCUCCACCGUCCAUCGUCCCGUCUGUCCCGGGACAGACCUCUGUGUCGCCCAACAAGGCUGCACAGGCCAUCCAAGUCGCCGCAGGGCAGGGACGCGUUGACGCUGUCAGCGACAUGCUCGCCGAUACGGGCCUGCUCAAGAUUGACAAGGGCGGCCACGAGCACGGGCUAGACGGCGCUUCCAAGAAGGAGAAGAAGCACACUUUGCACUGGAAGUACGAGGACCCCGCGACAUUGCUCAAGGACGUCCUCGGCUGA